AUGAAUUUACCUCUCGCUUUUCUCGUCGUUCUCGUUUGUUCCGUUAGUGGAGCUGCGAGGAGAUGGCUUGACUGCAUGGAUAAGGAAGAAGGAACGGAGAUUGAUUCGGAAAUGAGCCCCUUCGUCUACACGUGUGUAAAGAACAAUCCGACUUUUUCUGGUUGUCGUAUUCUCAACAAGAAGACAUUGAAACCAGAAGUGAUCAAACCCAAUAAUAUCGGUCUUGUAUUUGGAAAAGAUUAUCAAUAUAUUGGCUUUGUGAAAGAAUGCAUUGAAGACGAAGAAAACGUCUAUACAAAAACGUUAGGUUGUUGGGUGAAAGGUGAUGAUGAAAAAGAUGUAAAGGAGUUCAAAGUGGGCUCGACUGAGAAGAUAAACAUUGUUGAAUGGGGAGUGAAGAGGACCUUUAAUGUGGAAUGUUUCUAUGACAAAAUUGACGAAAAAAUUUGUCUCGAGGUGCGGGAAAUUAAAGGAGAAGACUUAGUAAUGCCUGCAAAUUCAUCGGAAUCAUCUUCUCCAAGUCCAGGACCUAACUACCAAGAUGAUUUGAACGACAAU